GUUCUAAAAAAAAUAAUAUUACAUUAUGUACGAAAUUUAGAUAAUUUUAGGGUAAUCAAUCACUGAGUCAUCUCUUUUAUUCCUUUUAAGUUAUUAUUCUCUUUUUCUCCGCCAGAUUUCAGAAACUGAUUCCAUUUCUAAAUCUGACAAGAUGGAAAAUUCGCUAUCUGCACUUACAUACAAAGGUUCUAUAUCUGAAGCCAUUCUCGAAUCCAAGAAGCAAAAGAAGCUUUUUGUUGUCUACAUUUCUGGUUCGGAUGAAAACUCAGUUGAAUUGGAAAAAUCCACAUGGACUGAUUCAAAAGUGGGAGAGUCACUGUCAAAGUACUGCAUUUUCUUGCAUAUCCCAGAAGCAAGCACUGACGCCUCAAAUUUUUCUGCAAUAUAUCCACAAAAAUCUGCCCCUUCUAUAACAGCUAUUGGGUACAAUGGAAUUCAACUCUGGAAAAGUGAAGGAAUUGUUGGUGCUGAAGCUUUGGCUUCCAGUUUAGAGAAGGCAUGGUUGAGUCUUCAUAUCCAGGAAACAACUGCAACUGUUCUGACAGCAGCACUUACUUCAAAGAAACCAGAACCAUCUGCUGGAUUUUCUGAUAUUAGCUCAUCUGAGCAAGGGAGUUCUUCAGGUACAAUUGUUCCACCACCUUUAGUGGACAAACAUGAACAAUCCUCAGAUGGUGGACCGUCGGCUACUUCUGAGACAAUAGAAGAAAACAACAGUCAUGAACAUAUUGUUGAGGGAAAAAGUACUAAAUAUGAGGACAAAGCAUCUUCAAAAUCAACUAAUGCUGACAAGUCACUGGGUGUUGGGGCUGAGCAAUCAACUUCUCUUAGUGCAGAAACCAAGGGAUUAUCCAGUCCUCUGAGGCUAGACCCUGACAGUCCUGUAGCUGAUGGCUUGUCUUCUAGCAAUGAAGAUGAGCAUACUGACCAAGAAAAGAUUAUUAAUCAGUAUUCAGUUGUUCCUGGUGGAGAUUCUCAAUUAGUCACUACUGAAACAAUUGAAGCUACACAAAGAAGUGGUGAAUGUGUUGAUGAUAGGAAGACUAAUACAUUAGAUAAUGAUAAGAGUGUCAAUGCAUUGAGUGAGGUUCAUUUAAAUAUCCGGUUGCCCAGUGGUAUAAGCUUACAAGACAAAUUUUCUGUGAAAAGCACUUUAGGAAUGAUCAAAGACUAUGUGGACAGAAACCAAGCAAGUGAAAUUGGUUCAUAUGAUCUUGCUAUUCCUUAUCCUCGCAAGGUGUUCAGCAAUCAAGAUUUAAGCAAAUCAUUGUCAGAGUUGGGUCUGUUUGAUAGACAAGCAUUGAUAGUAGUCCCUCAUCAGAGAGCCACAAAUUACCACAGAGGAGGGUCCUCUUCUGACCAAACUGCUGCUACAACUUACAGUGAUUCAUCAAUUACGAAUAAUGGGGGAUAUUUUGUUUACUUAAAAAGGAUGUUAUCAUAUAUCAAUCCACUUUCCUAUCUUGGUGGUAGUACAAGUCCAUCAAGUUCUGGACAACCUCAAACUGGCGUGUGGGAGUAUAGUCCAAAUCCAGCACUGCAGAACAACCUAACAAGAUCAGAGAGGCCCUACUCCAGCUACUCGCCUAAUCAAAGCACUUCUUCAACUGGUAGAAAUGAUAACAGAAGCAGGCAACCGACAACAUCCCAUUUUGGAAGCAACAUUCACACAUUGAAACAUGAUGAAGAUGAUAGCCAGUUCGGUGAUAGAAAUCCUUUCUGGAAUGGAAAUUCAACUCAGUAUGGUGGCAAUAGUGAUGGUAAAUAAGUAUUCUGAGAGAGUUUCAUCGACUGAUCCACUGUUUUUGAGAUGCGCUUUAUCUCUUGUAGUUUCUUUUUCCAGAAGUUACCGACUUUAAAGUUGCAAUUAAUCCAACUACAAUACAAUAGUACAUAUGACCGCCUAAGACCUGAUGACUUGGUAAAUAAGGAAAACAAACAAUAAAUCAUUUAUGGUAAAUACAAGUCCCUGAAGUUUC